CCACACCUAACCGUGUCCGAGCUGGAGAUCGCAGCCUGGAACUCACUUGUGUAAUAGUUGGGGGCAAUCAGUGGAGCCCAUGCUGCUGCUGCUCCACUGCUGUGCCUCCCCUCAUGACCCAAUAAACGGCAGAAGCAGAGCAGGAGGCGGGCGGUGUACGAACGACAGCCUUUUACGGUUUCGAUACGAUUAAAGAACAAUAAGUAUAGUUACAAGUCUAACGCUGUGACCAAAGUCAACACUGAGACAUUUGUAAUGUUCCGCUGGUCUGUUUAAAAUGGGCUUGUUUUUAUACAUCGCUGGAUCGGCUAACCCCACCGAGGCCACAGUCUAUGAGGACUUUCACAAGGCUGAAGCACUUUGGAUUAACAUGUCUGAACCGCGCCAGAAGACGAGAAUGCAGGUACUUCACUGUGAGGGUGUGAAUAAUAAGAGCUAUGUGUGUGAAUCAGGACACUGUUGUGGAGAGUCCCAGUGCUGCAGCUACUACUAUGAGCUCUGGUGGUUUUGGCUGGUUUGGGCCAUCAUCUUCAUCUUGAGCUGCUGCUGUGUUUGUCAUCACCGUCGCACCAAACACAGACUACAACAACAGCAGCGACAGCAUGAGAUCAACCUCAUUGCCUACAGAGAAGUUCACAACCACACAUCUCUGCCCUUCUACUUCAGAUUCCUACCAAACUCUCUUCUUCCAGAAUACGAAGAGGUGGUGCAUCGUCCCGCUACUCCUCCUCCCCCAUACAGUGCCUUAAGCAGCGGCCCUCAAACUUACAGCAGCCCCAUAACCACAGACCAGCAGGACAUCCAGUGCCCACCCCAACAGACCACUCCGGUGCCCCCUGUACCCGACACACCCAGCUUAGAAGAGAUCCAAACCUCCGACGGCUACCAGCACAAAGUCGACGACAAGGCUGAGAUGCAGCUAGAGCAGAGCAGAUCCACAGAAACCCCCCUGCCCCAAGAUCAGCCUCCUGAAAAGCAAAACGAGUGCAAAAAAGAGCCGCUCAGGAAUAUGGCCAUGCCUGAGGAGAAAGAGCGGAUUCAGGGACGGCACCGCCGAUUUACCGGGGACUCUGGGAUUGAGGUGUGUGUUUGCGGACGAGGCUUGGAGAGUCACGAGCCUAAAGAAUUCGAGGGGCUUUUGAGUGAAGAGGACCAAGAGGACUCGGAGGACUUCUGUGAGGAUUGUAUCCUUCAGUCUUACGGAGAGGAAAGUCAAGAACUUCUUUCUCCCGAAAACCGAGUGGAGCGUGGCGCUUCGCCACUGCUUCAGUCUCAUCCUGUUUGCCUCUAUUUGCAUACUAUUAAUGAACAGGAGGGUCCACAUCAGAACAACACAGAAUGUUAAAGCUGACUGCAUGACUUUACUGAUUUAAAAAAAGAAGGGGUGGCCGAGGUGUAAAGAAGAUGCAAUAUGCAGUGCAAAGACUACAGCAUGUUGAGCAAUCACACUGCGUGUAUAUUUGUAUAUAUUGAUAUGAUGGAAGCAAUCGGAUGCUCUCCGCCUCUGUUUCGUAGGCAGAACAUCCUUUAAUGCAGUUUUAAAAAAGCUCAAAAGGGCACAAAGAUGAGCUCUACAUCUGUAUGAGAUAAUGUGCCUUAUGCCGAGGUCAGACUGCAUGAUUUUCAAGGUAAUCGUGUCACAGAUGUAUGCAUGACAAUCUGGGCUACCGUUUUGUCGCUGCUUUGUUAGAUGGAUCGGCGACAGGGGGUUUCCCACUGCAUGACUUUACACUAGGAGGAAUCGCAGACAACUUUGUCCAAACUACGUCUCACAACCAAAAACACAUGAGAAAGAAGCCUUUAAUGGGGUAGAAAAUGUACAUAUUUGCUCACCUGGGUUUGAAGGAAAUUAGCAAUUUCUCCUCAACUUUUUCUUUUUUGACCCGGUUGUGGUAUUGCUCACAUGACACGUCAAACAGACACGGGUGCUGCUACCAAAUUUCCACUAGUUUUUCCUGCAUUUCUUGGGUCCAAAUAAACUGAAAAUGAACGCUUUUGACUUCUCCCCCCAACCUCCCGCUGGCGUGCAGGUACCCACACUAGUUGAUGCUGUUCUCUCAUUGGCUGUGGGUGAUCGCUGAUGCUAUUUUCAGUCAAAACUCAUUUGACAUGGCAUGGUUUGAAUUGCCGACAGGUGCAGAUAUUUAGCAUGCUAAAUAUCUCAUGGGCAUCGGCGACUCAUCGGCGAUUCUCUCAGAUCACGUAUUUGACCGUUCACAUUGUGUGAUUGUUACUGGCGUGAACGAGCACUGAUUUGCCUGUGAUUUCAGGCAUUUGUCGGCGAUUUCUCAAAACCUGUCGGUGAGUCAAAAUCAGGGCUAAAAUCAUGCAGUCUGAGCUCUGUACUAUAAUGGUGUGUUUAUGAGUUGGGAAGUCGUAAUUAUAACAUCAAGUGCGUUCAGAUCUCUUCAGGUUGGUGAAUUUUUAAAAUUAGUUUUUUUCUUCAAGAACACAGCAAAAUUCUGAUAUUAUAUUUUGCAUCAGAUUCCAAAGGUGCUGAAUCAUUAUGUAAUUCUUGAAAUGGUUGAAACUGAAAAUAUAGCUAGUUUUAUUGAAAAUGAAUGUACUAUUUAGAAACAUUCAUUGACUGUUGACAGAUUCGCAUUCAUUGCAUCUGCCAUAAUUUCUCAGUGAUGCACUCUAAAACCUUGAUCACAAUAUGGAAAACUAUAUUUUAUUUGAAAAUAUACAAAUAUUUAUAAGAAUAAAACUAUAUUUAAUUCUACACCUUGACGAUAAUGGCACAGAGGUUUGAUAUUACAGUUUUCUUUAGUUUUUUUUCCAACUGAACAAAUGCAGUGACGGCUAAUUUGCUCUAAAGAGCAUUGAAAGUGGCUAUGGACAAAGCUACUCUGUGCUUAUUAUGAAGAUAACCGAUUUGUUCGUUGAUAUGGAUGGUAAUAUUGGUAUAGCUAUAUACCUUUUAUAUUUAUCGCUCUUGGUGUGUUGGAGCCGUAAAGGGACCGUUCACCCAAAAAAGAACAUUUCUACAUUCUAGUUCAUACUCGUACUCAAGUGGUUCUGAAUUUUUUCUAAAAAUGUUUCUUCUGUUGUAGGCAUGGGACGAUAACCGUUUUCAAGGUAUACCUCGGUUUGUAAAAGUUUUAAAACCUCCAAAAUUUUCUGCUAUACCGUUCCUAAGGUUUGUGUAGGAUUUUUUUUUUUUGUUUGUUUUUUUAGAACAUUAGUAUCUCCAGCAGAAAGAUAUCCAAAGAGGGCGUUUUAACCUGUAAAGAAAUUAGUGUUUUUGAAACAAAUGAACAGCUUAAGUCAAUGAUUCAUUUGAAUUAUUUAGCCUGACAUGUUUACUGCUCCAAAAUAUGUUAAAUGUUACUCAAAAUAAAAUAUAUUGUGUUUAAAAUAGAAAAAGAUUUUGUUUUUACCCAGACAUUUAAAAAGAAUAUCUUUUAGAGCAGUAAUCACAAUACUGUGAAACCGUGAUAUUUUUAUCCAAGGUUAUCACACCGUCAGAAUCUUAUACCGGCCCAUGCCUAUUCUGGUGUACACAAAUGAAUGACAAAAAAGCAACCAUUGACAACUAGCAUAAACAAAAUAGAUGUCAAUGGUUGUUUUCAGUCAUUCUCAACAUUCUUUAUUAUAUCUUUGUUUGUGUUCAAAAGAAGGAAAGAAAAAAAGAAAGAGAGAGUGAGUAAAUUAUAACAGAUUGUUUUUUGUGAACUAUCCCUUAAGGGUCAAAGAUUUUCACAUGUCUUCAUUGUUGUGGGGUGUUUAUAUGAAACUCAUAAAUAUGAUUUUACGGUGGUGACCUCUGCACAUCAAAAGACACCUAAAGGAUGUGUAAUGGUGCAGUCACAUUUACAGUUGCUUUGUAAUAGCAGUCUGUGACAGAUUUUGGACCAGCACAAAGCUGUGUAGUUUAAAAGUGACUGGCGAUGCUUUGUGUAUUUCUAUAUUAUCGACAAUGAACAGUGGACCUGUUUUUCUUUCUUUGCUUUUUUGCUUGUGCAGAAUUGUCGCUAUCGUGGCAGCAGUUUAACUCUGCCAUCUUAGCAUUUAGAUGUUAAAUACAGAAACACUGGUGUGCCGAGCUCUCAGGACAGUCGGAAUGAAAAUUAUAAACUGUCUGAACACCAAAAAAAGAAAAAGGCUUUAUGCAUUAAAAGCCAAAUAUGCCUGUCAGCUUUGCCUAAUGCAACAGGAUUAAUCUUACUGAUGUGUAUUGAGUUUUUGCUUUGCACAAUCACAAUGUUCUGAAUGAGUCAUAUUCAUGCUAAUUACUGUCAAAUACAAAAGUUUUACAUACAGUCUUAAUUCAUCCGCUUAUAUUGUCUUUUGUUGUUUUUGAUGAAACAAGUAUAUUCAUACAUCUGAGUUUUUGUAGCUGAGUAAGCUAUGACAUGGGACAAAUGUUAGCAUUUGGCUUAGAGUUUAAUAGUUCAGCAUUAUUAACAAUUUCUGAAAGCAUACAGACACUACACUGGUUUUUUACCUAUAGAGAUAAAAGCUUUGCCAAAGGGAGGUAUCUAUAAACUCAAGCGUUCACUGCUGGAAGUGAAAGUGCAUACCCAUUUAUGUAAGCAAGAAAACAAAAUACUUAUUUUUUUAUUGAAAUAUAUUAAACUCCAAAGAGUUUUAGAAAUAUUAAUAUACAUUACAAGUAUUUUGUUAAACUUUAAUGGUAGAUUAUAUAUGAAUAUAUAGCAAAUGUGGUGUAACAUGAUUAUACAAGUGCCUUUUCCCUGUUACAACCACUAUUAAUGCAGUUUCACAUGUUGUAAACGGUCAUCUUGGACAUUACUUUCGUAGAAUAUAUAAUUUUUAUUUAAAAGCUUUUCUUUAUGAAACUUCAGCAUCUGUGCCUUGAUUUUUCUGGCUACACAAAAAAGAAUGAGUCAUAUGUAUGCGAGUAUAAAGAUUAUUGUUAUUAUUUUUUGUAUAUCUGCACCAAAGUAGCUUAAGUUUCAAAUUCCUCCAUGACCACUGAAGCAUUAUUUCUGAACUCUCCAUAUUUAAUUUAUAUCUUUGUCUUAAUGAAUGUUAUUAGUAUAAAGGUAAUAAACGACUUGCUGCUCUUACUGUUGUCUUGUUGACAAUCUAAUAACGUUAGAGCUGUGCUUGAAAACUAUGAAUCAGUGUCUUUCUUUGAUCUAUUAAUAAGCUGCUGAUUUUCAGAAAUUCUAUGAAUCUCUGAUGCAAUGUGAGCAUUUCUCGAUAUGUUAAAUGUGAUGUCAUGUUAGGCUUUACAACCUUCCAUUGCUGUUUUGUGUAACAUUGCAAUCAUAAAUAUGUCUAAUCGUGACCCUCUCCAUUAAACUCAAAUCAACACAA